CCUCUCGGUUCCAGUGUCCCUCAGGGGACUGUGUGGGGAACAUGUCUUAGUGCAGCAUGGGAACUGCCAUGCUCGGUCUGGGAAAGGAAGCAGGCUGUCUGUUGCACGAUCCAAUUAGCUCCGGGUUGCACCAAUGGGGAAAGUGGAUGAGAUAACCGCAGAAGCUCUUUGUGAACCUGCACUUGUGCACAUGUUAGUUGGCUGAUUCCAUUCAAGGCUCCAACCAGGGAUCUAAAAGGGGAAAGAAUAACAGCAGCGGAAAAAGUUCAGAUGGAGUUGACUGUGUGUUUUCUGGCUCUCGGCUUCAUAGGGACAGGAAUGGCUACUCAAAAAAAAAUUCCGCCAUGUGACGAGCUCAUGUUCCAUAAUGAUGUUGACAACUGUCUGCUGGCAUUCAACCACAGCAUGGAGACCAGUGGCUAUGAGGACAGGUGCCCAUGGCCUGCAGUAAAGGGCGUUUACUACCAGCUGCAGAUAUGUGUGAACCUCACGGCCGGAUUGUACUGGUGCAAGGGCUACAAGUCCCUGCUGGACGAGGUCUACUUGGCUGUCCACAGGAAGUACUUCUCCCUCUGUGGACUGGUCCGCGACCCCCCUGCCAUCACCCUCAUGCUGUUAAUAUCCCCGUCCAUCAUCAUCACCCUCCUGAUGCCUCUUGUGUGUCUGCCUCUCGUCACAGAGGGACAAACAAGUCUCUGCUCAGGAGUCUGAUGAGUUCUCAUUAAAACAUGAACGUGCACUGACCGUCCUCUGCCAGGACACAACGUCCCCACCACUCUGUCUAACUUGUGGCUUAUGAAGAUUCUAUUCAUGUGCACUGAGUUUUUAUUUAUUUAUUUAUUUCAGAUUUCAACCAAAUAAGAUAAAAACAAAUGUUUCAGAAACAACUUUCGAGCCACUUAGAAGUUAGAAAUUUGUCUUUGCUACUACUGUGUAAUUUUGGAUUUACUAUGUGACUUUAGUAUCGAAUUACAAUUACACAAAAUAACUAGUUUGGUUUGCCAAAAAAAGUUAUUUUGAUUAACAAUAGUUAAUCCAGAAAGUCAAAAACAUAAAGUCUUUCACUGCAAUUGCUACAAUCAACCAUUACUUACCUACUUUUACUAUUUACCAUUACUUAUUACUUAAUUACCUAAUAUCCGAGCAGCACCGUGUGACCUGAGUGAUAUUUAUUAUAAGUUAACUGUCAAACUAUUUAUUGUUGAAGUAAUUCUUUUCUUCUCAAAUGUCAAGUGUGUGUUUCUCUACGGCUGGGGGGGUUCUGUAAAUCACCGUAUGCCCCCAUAGCAUAUGGAUUUAUUCUGUAGACAUAGAAAAAUGAUAUUUGACUGUCUGAGUUCUCGGCUGUGAAUGUAUUAACUUUCUGAGACUCAUUAUUUUGUGUUCCGUGGUUAAUCGCCCGCCCGUCUGUCCGCUACAGCUCGUAUACAAAAACAAAAAGGCUCCAAGAUUUACUGCUCUGCUUCACUUCUGAAUGUGAAAUGUAUAGAAAUAAAAUGAAGGAUUCUGUUUGU